UCGUUUAAAUUAAGCCGUGUCAUGUUUUUAUUAUGUAAUAAUUUAUGAAGAAAUUCUGGCUUCUUAAAGAAGCAGAAUAGAAAUUAAAAGAAUAUGCACGAGAACCAACUCACGCCUGCUAAGAUACAAAAAACGACACUUGCCAUCUCGGACACAUCAGAAGCGUCUACAGCCAUGAAGGGUCUUCUAGCCAUAUUUUGCGCCAUCUGUCUCAAAGGUUGCCUGGCGGAGACGUUCUACAGCUGUUCGUGGAUCGCGGUGGACACCGUGGACUGCAGCACGUUCAAAGAGGAGCUCGCCUGCGGUACAAACCUGAUCACAUACAGGAACAAGUGCGAGUUCAGUAAGGCCCACUGCCGGAACCCAAACAUCAACCUCAAGCACUAUGGCGCCUGUGACGCCUCGGACGGCCUCACGACACCAGACCCGGUGAAAGGCGCCGAGCUCGUGUUGGACUUCAUGUGCACCAGCCUCAGUCAUAUGAACUGCCCCGUAGAGGAGGCAAAGGUGUGCGCCAGCAACGGCCGGACCUACCGCAACUAUUGCGAGUACGAGAAGGCGAAGUGCACACACCGCGACAUCUCAGUGGUCUCAUACGGUGACUGUACCCCGUGAAGACGCCCUACUACACAACAGACCUUAUACAUUUCUUGUAUUUGAUUCAACUCAAUACUAACAGACACGGUCAAUA